CAGAGGGGUGGGACAGGCUGUUUCACAGAGCAUGCAGCUUCAUUCACUCUGCUAAAAAACACACACGCACACUCGCCUAUCCCUUGGAAAGCUGUUCUCUGGCCGAAGGGGGGGAAAAAAGCAAGGAGCAGCAGAAGGAGAGGACAGAACGCUUCGCUGAGUGGUUGGACGGUCAGGAAGAACUGACACCAGGGGAGAGGCCAGAGAGGGACUCUCAUCGAAUCCUGGAGAGAAAUUUCGCACCCGGUGAAUCGUUCCAAGCGGAGACAACUGAAGGGAGUGUUGUGGGGGGGAAAGAUAUCUACCCACUGGGACCAACCUCACAAUGUCCCGGAGGAGGUCUACAGGUGACCUGGUGCCCAGGGACAUCUCUGAGAUCUUAGCCAAGGAGGCGAGGGCUCAGCGUGGACAGAAGAAGUCGGGAGGCUCCCUGGGACAGGCCUUCAGCUGGUUGAGGAAGAGCCGGAGGAAGAAGAACCUCGGCAACGGAGUGAGCCGUACUCCCACCGGGGUGGCGGAUAAUAAACCGGGACUUCUCAACCACGACGCCGCGAAGGCAGCUGGCCCGAAGGGGAAUGACGACCAGAAGCGGUUGACGGUUCACUACACGGCCUCCCAGCACUACCAGGAGAAUGUGUUCAUCGAGGGCAGCAGGCCUCAGUACCUGGAAGACUUACACACCGAAGCUCAGGAGGGGCUCAAGAUACUACAACAGGAAGAGGACAAGAACGGAGUAAACUUUGCGGACGAUGAAAGCAUCAUCUCUACAGAUACCCUCUGCCCGGAGCAGGACAUCAGCUCCAAGGACAGAGGCGGCUCUCUGGGGUCGAGACCCAACGCUAACAGUGAUUCCGCAGCAACUUCUGCUGUGUUGAAUCGGCCUGGGAUUACUCACCAAGGCUCCACAUUCAAGCCUUUGAAUCCAGUGAAAAGAUUCGAUAGAAGCAGAAAGAGGAACAGGAGGACCACCAUCAUGGGCAUUCCCAACCAGGUCCAGAAAGAACUUGCUCUGAACAGAAGUUCCACCUUUCAGCCGCUUGUUUCGACUAAUCAUGAAAAUCACAAUGGUGACAGCCAGUCAAGUGUUGUUAUCAUUCCUACAGUGGACGGAGGGACUCCGUUAGCAAAAAAAGAGGGAGCAAGGGUACACCUUUCAGAACUGGAGGUCUUUAGGGAUGAGCAGGUGGUGAGGAAGCACCUUCAGGGAGGGUACCAAGAUGAGCAGACCUAUCUCUGUCCUACAGUCAGACCCAAGUCCCUGGCAUUUCCUGGAAUGACAACAUCCUUUUCACUCUCUCCAUCAAUGUUGCACUUCCUCCAAGAGCCUCAGGGUCCGGUGAUGUCCAUCUCUCCUCAGGCCACUUACUUGUCUACGAUCAUCCCUAAUGCUGUUUUACCGGCUGCAGUUGAAGUAAUUGAGAUUGACCGCAGCAACAGUCGAACUCGAGGCAGCAGUGUCAAUCAUGGCAACAGUGCUUGCGCUGUCAGCAAAAGCAGCCUGACAUCUGAGGAAUCAGCAGUUAGUCCUCUGUUGUCAAGAAGAUCAGAUGGUGACGGUUCCCAAACAAAUAGCUCUAACUAUGACUCUGCACUAAUGCCCUGGUCAGCCUCAGGUUCAAACUGGAGUGAGUCUCAAUCCUCUAAGACUAUUAUUUCAGACUCCUCAGUUUCAUCUUCUAAUAGAGGGGGGUUUAAUGUACAAGAAAGCCAGACACAGGAGUCUGGUAACAGCCAAGAUCUCACAAGUUUUUGUAUCCCAGCUAAUGCAAUUAGCAGCCUGAACAAAACAGAAGUAAACACAACAGAAGCAGAGUCUGGGCAUGAAGCAACACAGUCAUUGACUGCUGGCGAUCAAGUAAAGAACAAACGGAAUUGCAUACAUAGUCUUUCGGUUACCAAGACCAAACAUCCUCCAGCACCUCCACAAAGAACUAACUCUCUGCAUGGCAAAAAGGUAAAAAGUGAGACCAUGAUUGUGGUGGAACUGGAAGAUCCUAGAAACUCAGGAGAAGUAAAAAGUUCAUCAGAAAAUACAGUAACAGAGGAUGAAGUUAAAUUGGUUGCUACAAAUGCCAAUUUGAGCCCAGAACCUUUGUCAAACUCUACUGGGCCAAGCUCAACAAACUCGUCCUCCACAUUUCUAACGCCUUUGCAGGAUUCCCCUAACCAGGCUGAAGAAGUGACAGCAUCACAACAAGAAUCCGACCCUUCCUCUCCACAGAAAACAGCACCAGAUGUAGGGAAAUUUGAACGGACAAUGUCUCCUUCCAGUGGCUAUUCUAGCCAGAGUGGAACUCCAACACUUUCCCCGAAAGAAAUCUCCCCAAAUUCUCCAGACAAACUGAAAAAGAAGCCCAUCAAACCAGAGAGAUCCGCAUCCCGUGCCUCAUCCUCAGCAGCUUCUCCCUCCUCCUCACUCACCUCCCUGUCAUCAGGUACAUCUGAGCCUGCAAAUGCCGAUGUUACCACAUGCAGCACAAUUCUGUCUCCGCAGGAUUCCUCACCAACAAAUGAAAUAACUCCAAGUGGCAAGCUCUCAUCUUUAAGAGCAGAUGUACAAGAACUGUUAAACAUCCCUUCUCCUCCUAAAGUGAAAGCCCCUCGCCCGCCGCCUCCGGAGACAUGGGCCCACAGCAGACGGACUGUUGAGCUCCUCUGUGGGGCUCCUAAUGUCAUCAAAACUCCACUGAAAGGAAAGCAAGUAGAAACUCAAAGAGAGCUCAGAAAAGACAGUGAAGUUACAGUCAAAAACCAGACAACUCAGGAGAAUCUUGUUUUGGAAAUGUCUGUACAUACAGAAAACACUGUGACAAAAGAUCUUGAAUAUGGCAAAAGUGAAUUAAAGAUUAGAGAAUCUUCAGAUAAAGAACAAAUGCAUAAAAAUGAGGAUCACACGGAUUUUAACAGCAGAGUAGAGAGUAAAAUCAAUGUUGUAAAGAAGCCAGAAAGUCAAGAGACAACUCCAAAGAAACAGCCACCCCCUGUCAUGAAGAAACCAACAAAAAUACCGUUCAGAGACGAAAUAAGGCAUCCAUUAGAGACACAAGAAAGGACAUUGAGCUCCACUGCUGCAAAAGAAGUUCACUUGUCUGUUGAGGACCAUACAACGCCAUCCCAAAAUGCUGCAACAGUUCCCGCUGAUAAGAACAACAUGGAAAAGAGUGAAGUUCAGCCUAUGCAGACACUUACAGUUGAGGUCCCCAAAAUGAGUAAGCUCUCACCACCACUUACGCCUCCUCCAGCUUACCAGCCUACACCUCCUCCGAUAAGGAAACCUGCUGCUUCAUUAGUGUCUCCAAUGCCAAAUGAGUCUGAGAAGGAACAUGACAUGUCACAUGUUGUAGAUUCCUGUUGGCCACCUCCGCCUCCUCCAUUAGAAGGGGAACCUGUCUUUGAUGGAGGAGAUGAGGUGGAUUUCCCUCCACCUCCUCCACUAUCCAUAAGAGAUGAUGUAACAGAGAUGACAGAAUUAACCCCAGUCGCUCCAGUUUCACUUUCAGCUGACAACAAAUCCGCUGAUGUUGAACAGAUUUCAAAAGCUGACACUGCUCUUGAGACUUCUUCCCAAGAUACUUCAUGCACUACAGACAUAGUUCCACUCUUGCCUCCUUCACCACCUAUUGCCAGAGUAGAGAUCCCAAUGCCGGUCCGGGAAGUGUCUCCUUCCAGCAGUUAUCUUAGGCGAAACUCCCUAAAACUUGAAGAGCAGUCUCCUUCUACUCUUCCAGUAAGUCCUGAGCUUUCAGCUCCAACUUCAGUGCCAAAAGCACCUCCUCCACCAAUGGAAAAUGUAACCCCUGGAGUUAAUUUCAGAAGGCAACCCAGUGGCACAUACAGAGACGCCAGGAGCAAAGAGCUACUUUCUCGCCACAAAAGUGCACCAAUUCCUAAAGAGGACGCAAACAUACCACUCGUAACCCCCUCGCUGCUGCAGAUGGUUCGCCUUAGAACGGUCAGCAUGACUGAAGAUCAGGUGCAAGCUCCAUCUGAAGACACAGCACAUCAGGCAACUCCAGCUCAGGAGAAUUGUUCCGUCUCAAGCCAAGGACCUCAAGACAUUCCUCCAAAGCCCAUUCGGAAGUCUUUGUCAAUAAAAUCUCCUCCUCAAACAGUAAAAUCGUCCACUGUGACAAUGAGUUCUCCUUCCCUGCGUCUGCAGGAGGCCAUCCGAAUGAAAACUGCAGCCAUGUCUUCCAGAGACUGUCUUCCCCACAGACUGGGUGUUAAAUCCCCUACUUACAGUUCCAUUGGUGAACAAGGGGGACACUCUCUAAAACCUCUUGAAGGAUGCGAUAUUCUUAAAUCCCCAGCAUCUACAGCUAGCUUUAUCUUCUCUAGAAGCACAAAAAAGGUGGUCAUUGAGCCUGUAGCCGCCUCCUCCUCAGAGGCUCAGGCAAGUCUGAAGCAAAGCUUAGCAGCAGAGCUCAGGCAGGUCUCUGACCAAUCAAAGGCUGGUGUUCUCUCAAACGGCAGAGUCAAGACUGACAGAAUUCCUCCGCCGAUAGCCAAGAAGCCAACUCCUGGAAGUACAAGUCCCUUGCUGAGCUCCCAUAGCUGUUCAGCAAAGAUGGAGCUCAGGGUUGAGGGAAGCAAAGAUCCUGGAACUGCACAACCUGUGGCACCAACUACAACAACUACAAGAGUGACGGUGGACACGAUUGAAACGUUGUUUUGAACGAGUAAUCUGUGACCAGACUCGCAGGAGGAAGAAAACAAGAUGGCAAGCAAGUGAAAGGAUGACUCACAACAUUUAGACAUUACUAAGAGACAAUAAACCCAGUCUUGUUGUGUUCUAUCCAAAAGCCUUAGCCUGUAAUGGCCUUCCUACAUAUUUAUGCAAAAAAGAAAAGAUCGUGUUAAAACCCUCGACUUCUAAAGAAAGCUUUAUUCUAAAGUAUUUUUCUACAUAAUCUAAUCUAAGGACCCCUCAGGGUGGACUGAUGCACAUAACAUGAAAUCUCAGCUUGGCUUGUGUAAGAUCGCCUCCCAGAGGUUGAAUGAGGUAGUGCAUCCUCAGAAGAAAAGUUGGAGAAAGGGGUUUAUUGUACAUUUUAACCCCAUGCUGCAGUAAAAAGCAAUGCAUAGUAAUGAUUCUCACUGGGGCUGACAGAGUCUCCAACCAAGGACAGGAUGAAACAUUGUCUCCUUGGUUACGCUUGUACAGAAAUUACUCAACGUAGUUUUAGUCUUGCUUUUCACUGUGUGUAAAAGUAUUAAAGAAAAAAGGGAAGACGAUUAAUCCUAUGGGAUGUUUUGUUGUUUAGGACAAAAUGACUUUUGUAAAGCUGCAGGUGAUAAUUUGUUAACAGGCAACAAAAAUCUUUAAAUACAGUAUCUGCCAACAGAAGCACAUGUCAGAUCAUUGAAGAAAUGUUAUCAAAGACAACCCAACUAAAUAAAAAAUUUAGUUUCCAGAAAGGGAUUCUUUAAUAAAGGAGAAGCUAUCCUCGCCAACUUGGCCCUAUGUGAAAAAGUAAUUGGCCCCUAAACCAAAUCAGUAGUUUUGAGACCCUCGGCAGCAACAAAUGCGAGAAGUUUUGGCCUAAUUUUUAUUGCAAAAUAGUUCUAAUCCACCCGUAUUAGAUGCUUUCUGAGUAUGAUUCGCCUGUUUAAGGUUUAAGGUCAUGCCUCAGCUUCUCAAUUGGAUUCAAAUCUUGGUCUUGCCACUCCAAAGACUUUCCUUUGGUUCCAACAGAGAUUCAGGAGAGGACACUCCCGUUUGAGUUGGAUCCUUAUCCUCUAUAUAUUCUAUUCUCCAUCGGAAUUUUCUGGGAGAGAGCAAAUUUGUAGUUCCAUCAAUUAUGGCAAAACAUUUUGAUAUAUAGCAGUAAAAAAAGCCCUAGGCCACCACUCUACCACCAUCUGUCAUUAUGAUGUUCUCUGUCUGAACAGUCCACAGAACAUUUUCCUGGAAUCUUGGGGAUCAUUAACAAAUUUCGGCAGAUAUAAGAGUUUUUGGAGGUUUUUCGAUCAGCAUUGGGUUUUGGUCUUGAAGCUGUCCCAUCAAUGCAUUUUUAUGCCCUGUCAAUUAUUUUUUGACUUUUGAACACUGACCUUCACUGAAGCAAGUGAGGCCUGCAGGGAUUUAGAUGCUCUUGAGUUCCAUUUUGACUUCACUUGUCAAAAUAAUGGUUCUCACUGUGGUUCACUGAAAUACCCAAAUUUGUAGAGAGAUCUCUGUUACCCUCUUUCAGACUGAUGUUGAUAAAUUUAUUUUCAUUGAGGCGUGAUUUCUUGCUUUUUAAGGUCUUUUAGCUUUUUUUUUUUUUUUUUACUUUGGUUGUCUUUGUUGAUGUAUUUCUGAUUAGCUUAGACAUGUAAGCAUGACAAACAAAAAUUUAAAACAAAAGAAUUUGGUACAGGUGCAAAUACUUUUUUUUACAUGAAGCAUAAAGCAGCAAAACAACUAGAUUUUUUUUUUUCACUAGCAGCACUGGAAGUCACCGUUUCCUACCAAAUAUUAAAUAAAAACCACUUCUGAAGUAACAAAUCUGGUGACUGACCUUGGGAAUUUGAUACACUGGAGCUGGUUCGGUAUUUUUAUUAAAAGAUUUUGUUCCUAAAACUUUGACUUAGGCUUUUAGAAUGGAGAAUUAAGCUCAUCACUGUUUGCACAAAAAAAAAACCCCUUCCCCAGGGGAAUCAUAUAAAGUCAAUUCUUGACUCUUUAUAAAGGGUGUUUUAAAAAAAUCUCCAUUUUGGUGAUUAUAAAGAAUCAUGUACAGUUAUUACUUCUAUUAAUAAAUUCUACUUGUGUCAAA